AUGUUGGUGUCGUUAUCACAGACAGGUAAAGGCAGCUCGCGCACCUGGAAAUGCAGCAAAUGCAAUAAAGGCAACAACUCGCCCACCACCAUAUCAACUGGUCAAUUUGUGUUCAGCGAAUAUAUGCCCGUGCUGCAAGCUAAAAUGAACCAAAAAAUGAUUUCAGACACUUUAAGCAAGCACGUAGAUGGCAAAUUCGCUGAGGUGCUGAACGAGCUUGAUCAGCUCAAAAAAACUGUCAAUGAUCAAAACCUAAAAAUAAAAACACUUGAAAAGAAAAUUGAUGAAACAAACAAGGCUCUCGAAGACCAGAAAGAGCAAACUGCUACACUGCAGCUGCAAGUGAAUGACCUCGAGCAAGAAAAGCUCGCUCUUAAUGUCGAAAUUCUCGGCGUACAAAAGAAAGACAACGAAGAUUUGCAUUCCGUUGUGAGAGACAUUGCCGAGGUCAUGAAAGUGCCCGAAACUGCAGAAAACGUUGAGGCAGUUUACCGCGGCCGGACAACAAAAAAUAAGCCGCAAGUAAUUGUCGUCAAAUUCAAAUAUGCUGAGGAUAAACAAAAAUGGCUGGAUAGGAAAAAAAGCGAGGAGUUCAAAAACUACGCUAGGCCCUAUAGCGCGGUGGCCGGCGCCGCCGCUGGCUCGCGCGGCCCGCAAAAGCCAUCCAUCAGCAUAUUUGAGCAACUCACUUUCAAAAACAGGCAGUUGCUUUUUGAUACGCGCACAGCAGCCACCAAGAAUGGCGUUAAAUUUGUGUGGACAAAAGGAGGAAAAAUCUUUGCUCGCAAAGACGAGAAAACUCCCGUGGCAAUGCGCAUCAGAACAACUGCUGACAUUAUCACAAAAAUUGAACUGAACAAAGGGGCCGAUCAGAAAAUAGAUAAAAAUCCGAUGAAAACAUCGCAAGCACCUCAAAAUGACUGA